UCAACCAAUAUGGCAACCCGGCUUCAAGUGACGUAAUCAACCAGAUGUCACAGCGGAGCCAAUCAGGACGCGAGCUACUCCUGUACACGGAACUGAUUGCGGAUUUGCUUGAGCAGUUUACUUCCUGAUAUCAGACACGUGCAGGUUGCCAAUGGCACAUCAGCAUGGCCACACUGAUCCCAGCCCUACACUGGACCCAAUGUCAGGCGUCCAGUUCCCUGCAGCGCCUCCACCUAUCUAUGUGUGCACUCUGACCCCGGAGCUGGAGGCCAAGGCCCGAGUGGAGCUACAGGAGAAGCCUGAGUGGCGUCUUCGGGACGUCCAAGCGCUCCGAGACAUGAUUCUGAAGGAGCAUUUGGGUCUGAGGACGCGGCUGGACGAUGCCUUCCUUUUGCGCUUCCUCCGAGCCAGGAAGUUCGACUAUGACCGGGCCCUGCAGCUGCUUCUUAACUACCACAGCAGCAGGAGGGCCUGGCCUGAAGUCUUCCAGGACCUGAAGCCCUCGACGGUGAAGCACGUACUGGAGUUAGGCUUCCUUACAGUCCUUCCCAGACCUGAUCCUCAAGGACGAUACGUUCUCUGCUUACGGCCAGGGAAAUGGACCCCGAAUGACUAUACGUUCGUGGACAAUAUUCGGGCCAUCUAUCUGACGCUAGAAAAGCUCAUUCAACCUGAGGAGACUCAAGUAAAUGGAAUCGUCAUCCUGGUGGAUUACACCGGAGUCGGUUUGUCUCAGGCCUCCAACCCGGGCCCUCUACUGGCAAAGAAAGUCGUGAGCAUCCUCCAGUUGGCUAUUGUGUUUCAGGAUGGAUUUCCUAUCAGAAUAAAGGCAGUCAAUAUCGUAAACGAGCCUCGAAUUUUUAAAGGGAUCUUUGCGAUAAUAAAGCCUUUCUUGAAGGAGAAGAUGGCCGAGAGGUUCGUGUUGCAUGGAUCAGACCUGUCGUCUCUGCAUCGCGCCAUCCCGCGGUCCGUGCUGCCGCAGGAAUACGGAGGCGUGGACGGUAGACUGGACUUGACGGCUUGGACUCGGACUCUGCUCGAGGCUGAGGAGGAGUUUGUCGUGGAGUUUUGCCAGCCGGAGCCGCUGGAGGGAGCGUUCAUGCCUGACUCAAUGUUGUUUGAAAGCGAGCAGCCUGAGGACUCUUACAGGAGCCUGCGCUCGCAGCUCUACUACUGUUACUGAUAGCAGCCGCCAACUUCUGUUUCUUUAAGAUGUGUUAUUUUUAACAAUCAGGGUCAGAGGGGUUUUAUUUUCCCUAAAUCGUUCAGCGAAACGUGGGGUCUGUGUGAAUGAAAAUGAACGGUUGCAGCAACAUUGUUUAUUAGGCAUCAAUGCAUAAAUGACAGUUUAUAGGAAGCUUUUUUUUUUUUUACACUACUAUGGUCUGAAGGUCAGGAUUUUUUUUUUUUAAGCAACAUUAUCACAUAAGGUGAUGGUUCUGGCCGUACUAUUUAUAUGAAUCUGAUAUUAUGCCAUAAGAACAAAAUCUAGAUGUUCUUUUGCAACCGGUUUAUGCUUACUUGUGCAAAUCUCACACUCAGCCAUAAAAACAGCUUCUUUUAACACUAAUGUUACCAUGCAAAUGAGGUGUUGCCUUAAUUUAAAAAAAAAAGAAAAAGAAAAAAAAGACCAUGUGAUUUAAAUCCAAAGCAAUACUGGUUUUGUUACCUCAUUUUUAUACUUUGCUUUUUUUUUAUUAUUUUUUUUUUGUAUGCAUUUAUUUUAAAUUAUGAUGUCAGGGUGGUCAGUGUGUGUGCUUUAACUGCAUGCUUUAAGUUGCAGGUCAUGUUUACAGUCCAUUUCUGUUUGCUGUAUUUUUGCUUUUGGUAUUUUGUUGUUAGACAUUUUUUUUAUUAUUUUAUUAUGGAUUUCACACGAUUUUUUUUUUUCCCAAAAAAACUAACAAUUCUCUUAAAUUGUAGCUUUUGUGCAUAGGAGGAGUAUUGUUAUUUUAUGUUUAUAUUCCAGAUUCCUGUAGGUGAAAUAAAUGAUUACCUUAUUUGUGAGCUUA